AUGAUCACGUUACGGUCAGCAUCAGCUAGCGCCGUGCCUGUAGCUCUACUCGCCAGGGCAUCAUCGACCAGGGUGACCUACCCCUCACUCCCCAAUGCCGCCAAGCUGAGCACUUUCUCUCGGCCGACGACAUCUUAUCUCUCUUCAUCCGUUUCGCGUGCGCAUAUCCGCUCGAUACCGUCGUACAGAUCCUUCAGCAUCUCCACACGCGCCAUGGCAGAGACCAGGGCUGAGACCGAUGCCUUCGGCGAGGUUCACGUUCCCGCGGACAAGUACUGGGGCGCCCAGACUGAGCGUUCCCUCGAGAACUUCAGGAUCAACCAGCCCCAGGACCGCAUGCCCCCGCCGAUUGUGAGGGCGUUUGGUAUCCUGAAGGGCGCGGCCGCGACUAUCAACAUGCAGUUCGGGCUUGACCCGACGAUUGGCAAAGCCAUCCAGCAAGCGGCUGCUGAGGUAGCCGACCUCAAGCUCCUCGACCACUUCCCGCUCGUGGUGUGGCAGACCGGCUCCGGCACCCAAUCGAACAUGAACGCCAACGAGGUCAUCUCCAACCGCGCCAUCGAGAUCCUAGGCGGCACCAUGGGCUCCAAGAAGCCCGUCCACCCCAACGACCACGUCAACAUGUCCGCCUCCUCCAACGACACCUUCCCGACCGUGAUGCACAUCGCCGCGGUCCUCGAGAUCGAGGAAGAGCUCCUCCCCGCCAUCCGCUCCCUCCGCGACGCCCUCCAAGCCAAGGUCGUCGAUUUCGAAGCCAAGAAAAUCAUCAAGAUCGGCCGCACCCAUCUCCAGGACGCCACACCCCUCACCCUCGCGCAGGAAUUCUCGGGCUACGUCGCACAGCUAGACUACGGCCUCGCCCGCAUCCAGUCCUCGCUGCCUGACCUGCGCCUGCUCGCCCAGGGCGGCACCGCCGUCGGCACGGGUAUCAACACCUACAAGGGCUUCGCUGAGGCCAUCGCUGCGGAAGUCACAAAGAUGACUGGGAAGCACUUCUCCACCGCCCCCAACAAAUUCGAAGCCCUCGCCGCCCACGACGCCCUCGUCCAAGCCUCCGGCUCCCUCAACACCGUCGCCUCCUCCCUGUUCAAGAUCGCGCAGGACAUCCGCUUCUUGGGAUCCGGCCCCCGCUGCGGCCUCGGCGAGCUGAGCCUCCCCGAGAACGAGCCCGGAAGCUCAAUCAUGCCGGGCAAGGUAAACCCUACCCAAGCCGAGGCCCUGACUAUGGUCUGCGCACAGGUCAUGGGUAACCACCACGCCACCACCAUCGGCGGGAUGAACGGCCAAUUCGAACUCAACGUCUUCAAGCCCCUCAUUAUCCGCAACGUGCUCCACAGCAUCCGUCUCCUCGCCGACGCCUCGCGCUCCUUCGAGAAGAACCUCGUCGCUGGGAUGACCGCUAACGAGGAGAAGAUCGCGUCGAUCAUGCAGGAGUCUCUGAUGCUUGUCACGUGCCUGAACCCGCGUAUUGGUUACGAUGCCGCUAGCCGCGUCGCGAAGAACGCGCAUAAGAAGGGACUGACGCUCAGGGAGUCGGCGGUGGAGUUGGGGGCGUUGAGCGAGGAGGAGUUUGAUAGGUUGGUGAGGCCAGAGUUGAUGGUUGGGCCGGAGGAGUAUGUGCCUAAGGCCAAGGCUUAG